GACCUGCCACCCGCGCCCCCAGCGCUCGCCCGCGCCCCCAGCCUCGGAGAGGGAGCCCCGGCUCCGCGGCGCCUGCAGCCCUAGCGCGUCGCCUGCCUGGCCGGCGUAGGCCGGGCCCAGCCCGGCCCCGGGUCCGCCGCUGCCCGCGGGCGGGGGCGCCCGGGCUGCCGGGGCGAUGCGCGUUCCCUGGCCCCGGGAAGCGGCCGCCCUGGGGCGGUCGGGAUGGAGGUGAGAAGCCGGCCUUGACGCGCGCCCGCGCCGUCCCCUGCACCCCCAGCAGCCCACAGCGCUCCCUGCCCCCCUCCCCCGCAGCGGCCGGCCUUGCCGUCCAGUGACAGCGGCCUGGGGGGGGCAGGGGGGGCGGGGGAGGCCGGACCAGCGAUGCCGGCGGGCAUGACGAAGCAUGGCUCCCGCUCCACCAGCUCGCUGCCGCCCGAGCCCAUGGAGAUCGUGCGCAGCAAGGCGUGCUCGAGGCGCGUCCGCCUCAACGUCGGGGGUCUGGCACACGAGGUGCUCUGGCGCACCCUGGACCGCCUGCCCCGCACGCGGCUGGGCAAGCUACGCGACUGCAACACGCACGACUCGCUGCUCGAGGUGUGUGACGACUACAGCCUCGACGACAACGAGUACUUCUUCGACCGCCAUCCAGGCGCCUUCACCUCCAUCCUCAACUUCUACCGCACUGGGCGGCUGCACAUGAUGGAGGAGAUGUGCGCGCUGAGCUUCAGCCAAGAGCUUGACUACUGGGGCAUCGACGAAAUCUACCUGGAGUCCUGCUGCCAAGCCCGUUACCACCAGAAGAAGGAGCAGAUGAACGAGGAGCUCAAGCGGGAGGCCGAGACCCUGCGGGAGCGAGAGGGGGAGGAGUUCGAUAACACGUGCUGUGCAGAGAAAAGGAAAAAGCUCUGGGACCUCCUGGAGAAGCCCAAUUCCUCCGUGGCUGCCAAGAUCCUUGCCAUAAUUUCCAUCAUGUUCAUCGUCCUCUCCACCAUUGCCCUGUCACUCAACACGCUGCCCGAGCUGCAGAGCCUGGACGAGUUCGGCCAGACCACAGACAACCCCCAGCUGGCCCAUGUGGAGGCCGUGUGCAUUGCAUGGUUCACCAUGGAGUACCUGCUGCGGUUCCUGUCCUCACCCAAGAAGUGGAAGUUCUUCAAGGGCCCACUCAAUGCCAUUGACUUGUUGGCCAUCUUGCCAUACUAUGUCACCAUCUUCCUCACCGAAUCCAACAAGAGUGUGCUGCAGUUCCAGAACGUCCGUCGUGUGGUCCAGAUAUUCCGCAUCAUGCGUAUCCUCCGCAUCCUUAAGCUCGCACGCCACUCCACCGGCCUCCAGUCCUUGGGCUUCACCCUGCGGAGGAGCUACAAUGAGCUCGGCUUGCUCAUCCUCUUCCUCGCCAUGGGCAUCAUGAUCUUCUCCAGCCUUGUCUUCUUUGCUGAGAAGGAUGAGGAUGACACCAAGUUCAAAAGCAUCCCAGCCUCUUUCUGGUGGGCCACCAUCACCAUGACGACCGUUGGGUAUGGAGACAUCUACCCCAAGACUCUCCUGGGGAAGAUUGUUGGGGGGCUCUGCUGCAUUGCAGGGGUCCUGGUGAUUGCUCUUCCCAUCCCCAUCAUUGUCAAUAACUUCUCUGAGUUCUACAAGGAGCAGAAGAGGCAGGAGAAAGCAAUCAAGCGGAGAGAGGCUCUGGAGAGAGCCAAGAGGAAUGGCAGCAUCGUGUCCAUGAACAUGAAAGAUGCUUUUGCCCGGAGCAUCGAGAUGAUGGACAUCGUGGUUGAGAAAAAUGGAGACAAUAUGAGUAAGAAGGACAAAGUGCAAGAUAAUCACUUGUCUCCCAACAAAUGGAAAUGGACAAAGAGGACACUGUCUGAAACUAGCUCAAGUAAGUCCUUUGAAACCAAGGAGCAGGGAUCCCCUGAGAAGGCCAGAUCAUCUUCUAGUCCUCAGCACCUGAAUGUCCAGCAGUUGGAAGACAUGUACAAUAAGAUGGCCAAGACCCAAUCUCAACCCAUCCUCAAUACCAAGGAGUCAACAACACAGAGCAAACCAAAGGAAGAACUUGAAAUGGAGAGUAUCCCCAGCCCUGUAGCCCCUCUGCCCACGCGUACGGAAGGGGUCAUAGACAUGCGAAGCAUGUCAAGCAUCGAUAGCUUCAUUAGCUGUGCCACAGACUUCCCCGAGGCCACCAGAUUCUCCCACAGCCCUUUGGCAUCACUUCCCAGCAAGACUGGGGGCAGCAUGGCCCCAGAGAUGGGCUGGCGGGGAGCUCUGGGUGCCAGUGGUGGUAGAUUUGUGGAGGCCAACCCCACCCCUGAUGCUAGCCAUCGCUCUACCUUCUUCAUUGAGAGCCCCAAGAGUUCUCUGAAGACGAACAACCCCCUGAAGCUCCGAGCACUUAAAGUCAACUUCGUGGAGGGGGAUUCCAGUCCAUUAGUCCCUGUUCUGGGGAUGUACCACGACCCUCUUAGGAAUCGGGGGGGCGCUGCAGCUGCUGUCGCUGGACUGGAGUGUGCCACACUCUUGGACAGGCCUGUACUGAGUCCAGAGUCCUCCAUCUACACCACAGCAAGUGCUAGGACGCCCCCCCGAUCACCUGAGAAACACACAGCAAUAGCAUUCAACUUCGAAGCAGGUGUCCACCAGUACAUUGAUGCGGACACAGAUGAUGAGGGGCAGGUGCUCUACAGUGUAGAUUCCAGCCCUCCCAAGAGCGUCCACAUGAGCACCAGUCCCAAGUUCAGCGUCGGGACAAGAUCAGAGAAGAACCACUUUGAAAGCUCCCCCUUACCCACCUCCCCUAAGUUCUUAAGGCAGAACUGUAUUUACUCAACAGAAGCAUUGACUGGAAAAGGCCCCAGUGGCCAGGAAAAGUGCAAACUCGAGAACCACAUCUCCCCCGACGUCCGCGUGUUGCCGGGAGGAGGAGCCCAUGGAAGCACACGGGAUCAGAGCAUCUGAGCUACCCCACCUGUCCAACAGAGACUUGUGGCAAGACCUGAGAGGUGUGCCGUUCAGCUUCCCUGCCGCAGAGCUUUUCCGCACGAACUCAGAAAGGCUCUGCAAAGCCCCCAGACAGAAGCGAAACUCCAGGGGAGGCUCCCUAGGGCCUUGAGAGCCAUGACAGGUAUGACCGAGUGAAGUCGGCCAAGCCACAGGAUGUGGCGUCUCCUUGUACCAAGUCCACUGCCCUCUUUGGGAGAUGACAUGGGCAGAACUCACAGCCACCACUACCACAUGCUGGACCUAACCAAGGCCACCUCCUCCCCACUCGUCUGUCAUGGCUCUCCAUCACAGCCUCGGGGGGGAGGGCAGCAUCUCGAUCCCUCCAGGCUUCAGCUGGAGAAGGAUGCCGGAACAAGUGGCUGGGUUGGCCAAUUUGGUUUUGGGUGUUACCUGGCCACCUCCUGGAACUCCUGUCCAUCACCUCCUGGAUGGGUCCCACUGUUAGAAAGCUACAGAGGAUACUCGUGUCAUGGGGAAAUUUCCACACCAUCAGCCACGAUCCCAGCGCAAAACCCUUACUCAAAUGUCUUCAUUGACUUCAGUGUUCCAUAGUACCUGAGAUUUUAUUUUGAGAUAUCAUCAGGGUGAGUUGCACCACUUGUACUUGAUUCUAAUUGCCCCCUGGCAAUCUGGGAAGGGUUCAGACGGCAGGCACUCAGCCAACAGUAUGAACGGUGAGCAUUGCUUUAGGGUUGUUAGAAGGAAAACACUUUCUGUACAUCACUAGUGUAGACUCAAAAGAUAUGCAAGUGUCAAAUAUGCAAAAGAAAUAGCUUAUUCAAAGAGACUGUAUGUUACUGAAGAACAGAAUAAAAUCUGAUUUUUUUUUUUUAACCUGCAAAAAUGGAAGGAAAAAAGAAAUCCCCAAUUGAAAUGCCCAAUUCAGACUUUUGAAUACUUCCUGCUGCAGCAGGGAAAGCAUCUACUAUAAUAGAAAUUCUUUUUUGUUUCCUGUGGUAUUCAAGUUUUAAAAAAAAGUUAAAAUAAAAAGCACUUUAUGUUUUUCAAAAAUAGGUUCUACCAGGGACAGUGUCAACAUCUUGCACUUUAAAACAAGCACUAUUUCCCGUGGGCCACUUUUCGGGACUACAGUUGGGUUGUUGGUACAUGCCUGUGUCCAGCCACGGUGGGGGAUAUUGUGCUGGUAUUGCUGUCUGCCAUGUCAAAGUCUGUGGGCUCCUUCCCUGCCCCUCUGACGCUUCCCAUUAGGUCCCUUGCAAGGAAGGGUACUUGAGCCCUUGAGCGGGGCCUCUCACAGAGUCACGUGUACCGGAAGCAUGCACAUCUCAGAAGAAUACAGUAGACGGUGGGCAUUGGGUGUUUACUCUGUUCUCUUUCUUGUCAACCAGCUGUUGGUGUGUUUUCAGUGUCACUGUCUGUACUAAAACUCAGCUCUCCUUCCUGCAGCCAUCAAUGCAGCCAGUACAGACAAAAGCAAUAAGUAUUUGUGUGCAUUGUGAACGGUUCUGGUGUAUUUCUUGGUGUUGGUCUUCCUGUUCUAGUUUGACGACCUGGCGUUGGCCUGCAUGAAUUGGGUCCAACAGGAUGGAGUUGUUGGCCAUUCCUCGGUUCAGAAACAUUGGGUUGAGCCACUGGUUAGCAUGAUGCCAUGCUGUUGGCCCAUCUGUCAGUAAAGAUGACUUGUCAUUGAUCUGCCUGUCUUUAGUACAAUGGACCGAUGUCGUUCUCUUAAUACAACAUUGAUGGAUGAUGCCCCACGUACAGUAGUGUAGAUCUGCCAAUCCACAAUCCAGUGACAGGCAUACGUCUUCCUGAUGGAACAAACAUGGCAUGGUUCGCCAGUCCUUCAUACAAGGUGUUACUGGUCUGCCUGUUAGUAUAAUGGCACGAAUCCAUCUGUCAGUUCACAAAUAUCACGGAGUUGUUCCGCCUGCCCUCCAAACAGUGGCAUGAGGUUGAACCACCUGUCACAGGUAUGAUGACACAGAGUCAUUCCACCGCCCUUACAAACACCUGUUCUCUGCUGAAUCCGUACCUGGUUCAUAUUGCUUCUCAGCGUCUCCGAGGACUGUGGAUCCCUUCAAGAAGGUGCAGUCCUGUUCUUUGCCAUAUUACCCAACAAAACGAUGCCGAAGUAUCCUGACGCUCCGAAGUAUCUUCAGAGCACCCUGGCAGCAAUGGCAAAGGGGCAGGGAAAGUGUGAGGUCAUCCUGUGCUGGCGGCACGCCAGAGAGAGGAGGCAGCAGUGGCCCUGAGCCCUUUUUGGGGCACACAGUGCGGGCUGGGGGCCUCCUGAGGAGCGGCCGCUGGACAGUUGUCCCUGGGCCAUGUCAGCUCACGUGUCUCUUCCUUGUUUUUAUCACCAUUUCCGUCGGCCGUCAGCACAAACGUGAAAAUUCAGGGAAAACAAAUGCUUUUUGAUAAAAGUAAAUAGUUGUGAUUUCCGAUUCAGAUAUUUUUAGAGCUGAUGCUAUCUGUAAAAAUUAAUAAUAAUAAUAGAGUCUAUUUUACAUAUCAGGAAAGUGAACAUGUUUAAAUAUAGCCAUAUAUAGCGAGAAGGAACUUACCACCCCUUCUUCAAAUCAAGGCAUUUCAUUUGUUGGUUGAAGCAGAUGAGAAGUGUACAGAUUGGAUAUGACUUCUUUCUUUCUUUUAAACUAAUAACCAAUUGGUGCAACUCUCCUUGUAACCAAAGGCCCUUUCUGCCUUGUGUGGUCACACAGGACCUGGCCCUCCCUUCCCCAUGUAGUUUGUCUGACCUUAAAGUAGCAUUUUAUGGAGUCACUUUUGAAGGACGAAUUCAGAAGUAUCAUUAAGAACCUACCUUUUCAGGCUUACUAGCCAGAGUCCUAUAGAGUUCUUAUAGAAACAGAAUAAUUGAAACUCAGCAUAUACUAUGCUUAGAAAGUAUUGCAUUUUGUUUUGUUUUUUUCUUUCACUUGUGUAUGUAUUGUGGGAAUAUAGCUUUUAUCCUGUGCCCAACUCAAAAUAGAGUAUCGUAAGUUUUCCCAGGCCCCACCUGCCAAAAAUGAACAUACCCCAAUUUUUAAUAUGUGUACACCCCUACCUAUACCUGUGUACAUGCACUGGGAAAUCUACCUAAGAGUCUCCACUGAGAAGCUGACCUUGACAGAUCCUCAUAGAGGAGAGGAAAGCAUGGUUUGGAGGCAAAUACCACUUUAACUCGGUGAUCCAUGUCCCACCCAUUCCUGAACCAAUGAAAAUGGGAAACAAACAAACAAACGAACGAAACAAGUCAACCCAAAGAAACCAAACUAGGGGCUGGAGCGGGUGAAGGCCUGGUCCCUUUGGUGAAUUUGGUGAAACUCGUCAAGAACCCAGCAGACCUUGGCUUCCAACUUCCACCAUUAUCAGUAAGGGCUAGGGACCAGGUCCCCGUGUGAUCGGGGUAGUCUGCGACCUGUGGAGAGAGGUGGGCGAGCUCUGGAGGAGUCGGCUUUUUCACUUUUUUUUUUUUUUUUUUUUUUUAUCUUUGGGGUAAGAAAAACAACAGGACUUCGGUGCAGUAGAUUUCUCAGUGCCUUCUUUAGGAAUUUUAUCUUAAGCACACUUAAUGGGGAAAGAAUAAAAGAGGACAGAACAUUUGUCUCCAUGAAGUCCCUUUCUCUAAAAGCACUGGGGAUCAAGAAGGACGAAGACUGGGGAACAGCAAAAUUCUGAGGAGGCCUUUCCUUUCAACUCCCCCGGCUUGCCCGCGAGUAGUGCUGGUGACAACAAACUUUGCCAAACUGAUGACCAGCUCUCCUCUACCACGUCUCAGUGACUGUAGCUUCACCCCUGACCUUUCUCCUAAUGAGACCCACUCUUCUGAGGAGAAAAACAACAACAGUAUUCUCUUCUUUAAAACUGUGAUGUAUUGAUGUUUGUAACUAUUGUACAUUUCUGUCUUGCUCUCUUGCUCCAAGUCACGGCUGGAGUGUCUAGUCCACGGACAAGGGGAAAUUGAAACUUCACCAUGGACAAGGUUCCCUAGAGCCAGGUCUCCCUCUCUCUCUCUCUCUCUCUCUUUCUCUCUGCCUCACCUCCCUUUCCUUAUUUCUCUGCCAAGUAGUCCCAAGUAACAUAACCCCAGGCUUCAGCCUCCUGUUAGGUAAUUUUGAAUCCAAUGAGAUUGAAGUGAUAUGACUCUAGGGCAUGAUCCUUU